ACAUGGAAGUGUUCAAGGGAACACUACUGCUACUACUACUACUACUACUACUGCACCUCCACAGCACAGAGCCGCUCAGGCUGGUGGGAGGGGCCAGUCGCUGUGCUGGGACUGUGGAGGUGAGACACAGAGGAGAGUGGAGACGGGUGGAGCAGUCUGGACCCUGGUUCCUGGAUCACACAGCUGCUGUGUGCAGAGACCUGGACUGUGGCUCUGCUGUUUAUGGAGAACAGAGACAUGAUUUUCCACUGAGUCCAGUGUGGAGAGUCACAUCUGUCUGUGUGAAGACGUCUGCAGUGAAAGAAUGUGUCGAUGGUUCAUCUUCCUCUUCCUCAGGUCUGGAGGUGAAGUGUUCAGACUCGGUGCGUCUGGUCUCGGGGCCCAGUCUGUGCUCGGGAUCAGUGCAGAUCUGGGACCAGUCCUGGACCUGGGUCUGUGAAGGGGCCUUGGACCAGCAGGGGGCAGAGGUGCUGUGCAGGGAGCUGGGCUGUGGGGCUCCUUCUCUCCUCCAGGGGGCGCUCUCUCCUCUGGGGCAGACGUUCCACUGUGAGGGCCAUGAGUCUGCUCUGAUGGACUGUCCCCGCUCCAGCUCAGGGACCUGCUCCUCUGGAGCCGCUGUCAACCUCACCUGCUCAGAGCCGCUCAGGCUGGUGGGAGGGGCCAGUCGCUGUGCUGGGACUGUGGAGGUGAGACACAGAGGAGAGUGGAGACGGGUGGAGCCCUAUAGACCCUGGGCCCUAGAGCACACAGCUGCUGUGUGCAGAGACCUGGACUGUGGCUCUGCUGUUUAUGGAGAAAAGAGACAUGAUUUUCCAUUGAGUCCAGUGUGGAAAGUCUCACCUGACUGUGUGAAGACGUCUGCAGUGAAAGAAUGUGUCGAUGGUUCAUCCUUCUCUUUCUCUUCCUCUUCCUCGGGUCUGGAGGUGAAAUGUUCAGACUCGGUGCGUCUGGUCUCGGGGCCUAGUCUGUGCUCAGGAUCAGUGCAGAUCUGGGACCAGUCCUGGACCUGGGUCUGUGAAGGGGCCUUGGACCAGCAGGGGGCAGAGGUGCUGUGCAGGGAGCUGGGCUGUGGGGCUCCUUCUCUCCUCCAGGGGGCGCUCUCUCCUCUGGAGCAGACGUUCCACUGUGAGGGCCAUGAGUCUGCUCUGAUGGACUGUCCUCGCUCCGGCACAGAGACCUGCUCCUCUGGAGCCGCUGUCAACCUCACCUGCUCAGAGCCGAUCAGGCUGGUGGGAGGGGCCAGUCGCUGUGCUGGGACUGUGGAGGUGAGACACAGAGGAGAGUGGAGACGGGUGGUGCCCUAUAGACUCUUUGGAUCCUGGUUCCUGGAUCACACAGCUGCUGUGUGCAGAGACCUGGACUGUGGCUCUGCUGUUUAUGGAGAACAGAGAGUUGAUUUUCCACAGAGUCCAGUGUGGAGAGUCUCACAUGACUGUGUGAAGAAGUCUGCAGUGAGAGAAUGUGUCGAUGAUUUCUUCUCUUCCUCUUCCUCGGGUCUGGAGGUGAAGUGUUCAGACUUACUGAAUCGUCCGGUCAUCUCUCUGUCUGUGUCUGAUGGGGAUUCCGAGGCCCGGCCACAGGGGGUCCAGUUGCUGCUGGGGUCAAAGUUCAAGGUCAAAUGCUCUGUGGAGCCACAGUAUCCAGGAGGUGUCUUCGAGCUCCUCUCUCCCACUGCUCCCCUCGAUCAAAACCACACCCUGCCUGCUGUCAAUCACUCCGCACACUUCCUGUUCUCUGACACUGGCCCCGCCCACAAAGGAAACUACACCUGUGUUUACCACCUGCAUGUGUUCAACCACAGCUUCUCCUCUCAGAGCCCCAGCCUCCAGCUCUCUCUGGGAGGUACAUCCAGCAACAGCCUCAUGUGAGGGUCAGGGGUCACACAGGGUCAUAUGAGGGUCAGGGGUCAUACAGGGUCAUGUGAGGGUCAGGGAACACACAGGGUCAUGUGCGGGUCAGGGGUCAUACAGGGGUCUUGGUCUCAGUCCCGGUCAUGGUCUUCGUCUUCGUCCUGAUCUUGAACGUGGUUCUUUUCUUGGUUCUGGUCUUGGUCUUGAUCUUGGUUCUUUUCUCAGUCCUGGUCUUGGUCUUCGUCUUGGUCCUGAACUGAUCUGGGUCUUUUGUGUUGCAGCUUCAGACUCAUGGUUUAUUCUUGGUUCAGACCUGGUUUAGAAUUGUUUGAGCACUGGUUUAGACCUGGUUUAGACCUGGUUUAGACCUGGCUUAGACCUGGCUUAGACCUGGCUUAGACCUGGUUUAGACCUGGUUUAGACCUGUUUGAGCACUGGUUUAGACCUGGCUUAGACCUGGCUUAGACCUGGUUUAGACCUGGUUUAGACCUGGUUUAGACCUGGCUUAGACCUGGUUUAGACCUGUCUUAGACCUGGUUUAGACCUGGUUUAGACCUGGCUUAGACCUGGUUUAGACCUGGUUUAGACCUGGUUUAGACCUGGCUUAGACCUGGCUUAGACCUGGUUUAGACCUGGUUUAGACCUGGCUUAGACCUGGUUUAGACCUGGUUUAGACCUGGCUUAGACCUGACUUAAACCUGGUUUAGACCUGGUUUAGACCUGGUUUAGACCUGGUUUAGACCUGGUUUAUACCUGGCUUAGACCUGGAUUAGACCUGGUUUAGACCUGGUUUAGACCUGGUUUAUACCUGGCUUAGACCUGGAUUAGACCUGGUUUAGACCUGGUUUAGACCUGGCUUAGAACUGACUUAGACCUGGUUUAGACCUGGUUUAGACCUGGUUUAGACCUGGUUUAGACCUGGCUUAGACCUGGUUUAGACCUGGUUUAGACCUGGUUUAGACCUGGCUUAGACCUGACUUAGACCUGGUUUAGACCUGAUUUAAUUCAAUUCAAUUCAAUUCAUUUAUUUUUGUAACGCCCAAAAUCACAACAACAGUUGUCUCGAAGGGCGUUCAUGUUUUGGUUGAUGGGGGAAACCGGAGUACCCGGAGGAAACCCAUCCAGACACGGGGAGAAACAUGAAAAACUCCACACAGAAAGGCCUGGUGACCCGGGGAUCGAACCAACCUUCUUGCUGUGAGACAUGAGUGAUGGCACUCAGUCACCGUGCCGCCAAGACACAAAAAACAAAACAACAGGAAGAAUCAGACACAACAAGAAAAAUCAGACACAACAGGAAAAAUCAGACACAACAGGAAAAAUCAGACAACAUAAGAAAUCGGCCAGGAGACCAGACGAGGAGGAGGAGAGCCGGGCGAGGAGGAGGAGAGCCAGGCAAGGAGGAGGUCCAACUGUCAUCGGGGCAUCUGAAAGAGAUACACUCCACAGGGGGAGUGGGACAGGGGACAACAUGUGAAUAGCAUUGCUGAUGAGAAAAUAGGGCAAAGUAGAGGAUAGUGCUCAGGUUGCCAUACUUCCCCCAGCUAGUUACUCCUACUGCAGCUUAUCUUAUCCCGGGUUUUAAUAACCCUAACUCCCUCACUAAGUAACCUGGUCAUACGCUAUACCGAAGAGGAAGGUUUUAAGCCUGGUCUUAAAUACAGAGACUGUGGGGGCCUGUUUAACAUCAGCAGGGAGUUGAUUCCAUAGCACAGGAGCUUGGUAACUGAAUGCUCUCCCUCCCACUGUACUUUUGGACACUCUAGGAACCACUAAUAGUCCUGCAUUCUGAGAGCGGAGUGCUCUGUUUGGCUGGUACGGGACAAUAGCAUCUUGCAGAUAGGAUGGGGCCAUACCGUUUAGGGCUUUGUAUGUCAGGAGACAUACAAAGCCCUGGUUUAGACCUGGCAAAAACAAGGAAAAUAUUCUGAAUAUUCUAAGCUCUUAAAAACGUUCUAAAUUGAAAAUGUUUCCAUCGCUGUUCUUCUUCCUCUAAAAAUUUGAGACCUGGACCAUUUCAAAUCCAUGUGAGACCUGGAUUUAGACCAGUUCAGAUGUGAGCUCCUGGAUGCUCAGUACAUUUGUGAAAACACAGAGUGACUUUAAAGUGUCCAACAGGUUUGGAUGAUUCUCUCAUUUCCACUUUAUCUGGAGAAUAAAACAUGUUUAAAUAUAAAUUAUACUUUUACACAAAUCAAGCAGCAAUUUGUGAAAAAAAAACAUGAAAAAUGUGUUGAAAAUUACAGGAAGUAAAGUUUUAUUUAGAGAAUCUUACAUUGAUGACAUCACACUGAUGACAUCACACUGAUGACAUCACACUGGAAGAAUCCUGUACAAAAGUUCGUCCCAAUUUGAACAAACAUAUUUUUCCCUAACACUUUGAAAAUGAUUCCAACAAAAUAAAGGUGUUUUCUUCCAUAUUCAUUUAUCAGUAAUAGUUAUGGAAUUCCCUAGAGUGAUGUCAUGAUUUCCAACCAGGAAGUAAAAUUUGAAAUGGUCAAACAGUUUUUUUUGUUUUGUUUUUGUGUGUGUGUGUGU